AUGGACAUUUACCAAACGAGGAAUAUGAAUGAUGACGCCGUUACGGGAGUACUACUGGUAUAUUCUAUCUGCUGUUUUUAUUAUAUUUUAUUUGUAUGUUUUAUUUACCUGUUCAGGUUCUUAGAUCAGUUCAUCGUGUUUCAAUUUAGCAGUGCUACAUCUAUCCGUUUGCAAAUACUUGGUCUCUCUAUACAAAUACUCCGGAGUUACAUGGCUUGCUCAGUAGAUUUUUAUAUGCAAGUCAUGAUAAAGCAAAAUCGGCCUAACCUUUUCCGACGGCAAAACCAACUUCAACCACCAGCAAGCGACUUUUUCUCCCUCAUCAGACAUCAAACAUCGCCGACUUUACACCGACACAUUUGGCAGCAGACAGACAGAGAGAGAGAAACAAAGGCAAAAGGAUUUCUUAAGCUUCAAAGGGGAUCUUACCGCUCGCUAAAACCCCGGACUCGUCUUUUCUUCGGCCUAGGCCUGAUGGGUUACGCAGCCUUUGGGAUGUGGGCAUCACCCAAGCUCGAGAAAUCGUUAGGAAUGACCCCAUCAAAGGAAGAGCAAGCAGAGCUGGACAGGAAGCUCUCCAUCAACGUCUCGACGGUGGAUAAAUGA